AUGGCACAACCCGCCGCGGCCAGCAAGGCGACUGCCGGCGUGCUUCAAAUUCCUGCAACGGCCACCCAAAAGUCUGCCUCAACGACGGCAAAGAAAGCGUCGAAACCUCCGACUCCUCGUCUCAAGCUUCUGAUUCGCCGACUGCCGCCUGGGCUCACCCAAAAUGAGCUCGAAGUUGCGCUGGGCGAGGAGUGGAAAGUGGGUGCUGGCAAGGUCGACUGGCUGCAGUACAAGCCGGGCAAGGUUUCGAAGGACCCCGCAAAGCCAUCUCGCCCCUCCAGAGCGUACAUCCACGUGGUGAAUAAUGAGCAUGUUGGUCUACUGUCAGAUCGUGUACGACAAGCUUCUUUCCAAGAUGCUGCUCACACUGCGAGUGAUCCAGUGCUUCUCGGUCCGCCCGCACUGGAAUUUGCGCCUUACGCAAAGACUCCGGGAAGUCGAGUGCGGAAGGAUGCGCGACAGGGCACUAUCGAUCAGGAUCCAGAAUUCAUUGCCUUCCUUGAGAGCUUGACACAGCCAAUCACCAAGCCGACUCCCGUUGACGCUCUCGAGCCCGAGGAGAAAAAGUCGACGGUGACCACGACGCCUCUAGUGCAAUACAUCAAGGAAAAGAAAGCGAACAAAGCCAAGGAGAACGCAGCCAACAAGUCCUCGAAGCGCUCCGAGAAAGAGUCGAAGCCAGAGAAGGUGCUCGCCAAGAAACUUCUUCAACGUCCAGAGAAAAAGUCGGCGCCUGGCCCCACGCCUGAAGAGAAGCCGAAGAGCGAGAAGGCCGGAAAGGAACAUGGCAAGGCAGCUAAAGCUACGGCGAGCGGACCCUCUGCCAAGGGAGGCAAAUCAGCUUCUGCCAAUACUACCAGGGAAAGCACACCUGCUGCGGGACAUGAACGCAAGAGAGAGCGUGGAAGUGCUGCAGCGGCGGCCAAGAUUCUACAAAGGGAUCUAGGCCUUACCCAACCAUCAUCGCGACGACGGGGAAAGGGUGGUUCAAAUGAGACCGGCCCUGCUAAGACUGAAGCCUCACAGGAGUCUUCAGCUCAAGCUACAGAGGGCGGCAAAAAGGAGAUUCUUGUCAACCCGGGGAAGAACGCCGGGGGCAGCGCAUCCAAGGGGAAAGCCCGUGAAGCCCAGGACUCACUCCCACAGGUUCCUGGAGCUCCAUCUACUCCCCAAGCAAGUGCGCCUGCAGCAGCAGCAAAGGGGGCCAAAGCCAGCAAAUCAAAGGGCAAUGCUGGUUCAACCUCUACUGCGACUCAAGCCUUCCUCAAGCACGCCAAUGCCUCUCAAGGUGUGACUGAGGCUCUCUUGGAGACGGCAUUUGCAGCUUUCGGUACUGUGAGCAAGGUGGAAAUCGACAAAAAGAAGGGCUUUGGCUACGUGGAUUUCUCAGAACCCAGUGCUCUACGCAGAGCCAUAUCAGCCAGUCCGGUCACUGUGGCACAAAGCCAGAUUGUUGUACUUGAGCGCAAAGCCAACCCCAGCAGUGAGAAAUCGCGCAAGGGCGGCGGUGGCGGUGGUGGUGGUGGAGGUGGUCGAGGAGAAGCAGCUCAACAAGGCAAGGUUGAAAAGGCCAAGGCUAGUGAAGCAGCUGCUGGUGCGACUACUACGAACGGUACAGCCGGCGCCAAUGCCGGGGGUGGAGGAUCUUCGCGUGGAUCUCGAGGCGGACGAGGAUCGAGAAAGAAGGGCGGUGGUGGAGGUGAGAAUGCAAAAGCCGGCUCCAAUGGCGAUACGGCCGGGAAUGCGACUGCGUCUGUAUCGGGCGGCAAGGCUGGGAGCUCAAAUUCAAAGUGA